ACUGUCGCCAGUCUCAUUAAAUUGAUCUCAAACUAAACAUUCAAUUCACCGAAUAUGCUUGUUUACUAAAUUCAAUAGACAAACAGAACACAGCAUCUUCAUUGUUGGUCGCUAUUAUCUCGUUCACAAUUCUAUUAACUAUACAUUAGAAUGACAAACCGAAUUAAUAGUACAAGAUGAACAACAACGUCCAUUUUAUAUUAAUAAGUGUAUUAGUUUUAGUAAUAGAUAGAAGUGAACAAACUGUUGAUUUGAAACAUGUUGAGUAUGUGAAAAGUGUUUUUCCAAGAGUGAACUAUGUACGAAAAAAACGCAGUAUCGAUGAUAAAGAAAGUGUCCAAGUUAAGGUGGUUAAAGUUGGAGAUUGGUUGUUGGAACUCCAUUCCGAGGACAAUUUACUUUUUUCCCGUGGGUUGCGAACGGAGUGGCUCGAUUCAAGCGAAGAUUCUCACGGCCGGAGGCCGCUCAAGAAAUGCGAUUAUCAUGUGGGCGUGAUAAAGGGACUGGAAGCGGAUUCUAAGGUUGUGGUGACCUUAUGCGGGAUCUUUGUACGCGGUUACCUUGAUGUCGACGGUGACGUCUACUUUCUGGAACCUGUAGACGAGACGACGGGGGAGCAUAUCGUUUAUAGAAGUAAACAUUACAAGAAACGUUCGACGAACACUCGAAAUCUUCCGAGUCCCAAUCAGUGGAUAUUCAAUCUGACAGGCGACACAAUUGACAUCGAAGAGGAUAUUGAAACGACCGAAAAGUUCCAGGAGGCGGAAGAACUGACACUUUUCGAUCCGGGAACAAAUGGUACAGAAAUGACGAGUAUCGAUGACCUGAAUUGGGGUACCGCAAAGAACGACGUAUAUGGCGGAGGCGAUGAAAAUGGCUACUUUUAUGACACAGCGUGGACUGCUAAUACUUUGGAAGUAAAAAAAUCAUCAAGUGGUUCGCUUCUACCCCCAAGAUGGAUGGAAAUAGCAGUGGCCGUAGACCACACUCUUAUCUCUUUCCACGGACGUGCCAGAGUGGAAGAAUACGUCUUAUCACUCCUCAACAUCGUGAGCGCGAUAUAUCAAGACACCUCCUUAGAAUCCAACAUGAAAUUAGUGGUAACGAGACUAUUAAUGUACGAGAGCAAAAAGUUCUGUCACAGGGUGAUCAAAAUAGGCAACGCUAAGAAAUCUUUGGAAAACGUCAAUUCUUGGAACAAAGCCAUCCAUGCGUCGCUAGCUGCCGAUGAACCGCGGCACGAUUUGGCCAUAUGGUUGACCAGAUCUGACAUAGGCGGUCCGUCCGGGUAUGCUCCAGUGGCGGGCGUUUGUGAUCCAAAAAGGAGCUGCGCUCUAAACAGAGACGAAGGAUUGACGAGUGCGUUUAUUAUUGCACAUGAAACUGCGCACAUAUUAGGUUUAAGUCAUGAUGGAGACGAAAAAAAUGGGAACGAUUGCGCAGAUGAGGCUUUAGAUGGUAGCGUAAUGGCUCCAAUGGUUUCUGCUACGUUUAACAAAUUUUAUUGGUCGCGAUGUUCCAGAGAAGAAAUCAGAAGAUAUAAAAGCAAGUGGUUGUGCCUGUUGAAUCCCCCCACGGGCGUGGGAGAAAUCUCCUUGAAUGCAACCCUCCAGGCAUCCUUUACGAUGGAUCAGCAAUGCAGGAUGGAAUUUGGAGACGGAUACACAAUGUGCAGAUCCUUCGAGAUAAUCGAACCUUGUUCUCAUUUGUGGUGUGGACACGAAAAUAGUCCUCUGGUUUGUAAAACCAAAAAAGGACCUCCAUUAGAAGGGACAGAAUGCGGCUUCGGAAAGUGGUGUGUGAAUGGAUAUUGCGAAAAUUUUGCAAACAGAAGAGUCGAACGAGUGCCUAUAGUACUUAAUCCUCAAGAUGGUCAAUGGACCGAUUGGAGUCCUUGGGGACCCUGCUCUAGGACGUGUGGCAUUGGUGUCCAGUUUAGAACGAGGAAAUGCCAAAAUCCGCCGCCGUCAUUCGGAGGAAAACUGUGCGAAGGUCAAGACGAAGAAUGGCAUUUGUGCAAAAUAAAUAAUUGCGUCGAACCAACUAUUGACAUAAGGGCUCAACAAUGCAAACACUUGCCGAAAUUUCUCAAUUUGUCGACAUCCUCUUCGAUUUCCGGAUCAAACUUCACUUGGCUGCCAUACGAGAGUGACGAAAAUUCCAAAAAAUGUAAAUUGAUUUGCUUCAAAGGCAACAAAAAGGAACUAUAUUUCACCAAUGAAAACCUAAUAGAUGGCACACCUUGUUCUUAUGAUCACGAUGACAACAUUUGUGUUCAGGGUUUAUGCCAAUACGUAGGCUGUGAUGGAGUUAUCCAUUCUCCACUACAAAGAGAUAAGUGUGGAAUUUGCAAUGGCAACAAUUCUGAUUGUACUGAUAUGAAGAAAACAUUUCAUAGAAGGUUAAAAAAAGAAUCCAGCAGGAUAGCCGUUCUGCCAGAAAAAUCCCGAGAAAUAAAAGUACAAUUGAAUGCAACGAAAUAUCAUUCGGAUAAUCCUGUACUGGCCCUAAUUCUAAAAAACAGGAAGAAAAAAAGUUACACAGUAAUGGUCCCCAGCGGCGUGCCACGUAGCGAAAUCGUAAAGGGAGCCAAAUUCUAUUACAAGAGAAAUAACAAUAAUGCAUACACAAUUUGGAGUAAAGGGCCGAUUCGUGAUGAAAUGGUCGUGUUGGUGAUCGUUUCAAAAACAGAACUACGUCUAGGCAUAAAUAUAUCGUACUCAACAGAAUUUUCGAUCCAGAAGGAUGACCUGAUUCCCUCCAAACGAUUCGUUUGGAUCGCAGGAGGCUGGGGACCUUGCUCUACCAGUUGUGGUGGGGGUAAACGACAAAGAACCGCUGCUUGCUUCGAUAACAAUACCAACAAAGUCGUGAAGAGGAGCGAGUGUGCCCUCAUACAGAAGCCAAAGCUGGAGUUUGAAAUGUGCAACACCUUCAGUUGCAACUUUAAAUGGUUCACAGCAGAAUGGGAACCAUGCAGCACUUCAUGCGGUACCUUAGGUGUUCAACACAGAGAAAUAUACUGUUUACCGAAUUCUGUCAUAGAAGAAACAAACGGUACAAUUAGUCAACCUUGGAGGUACAUGGCAAAUCCUAAUAGAUGUGGUGGCAUCAAAUCGGUCAGUAUGAGAUCUUGCAAUAGGAAACCUUGUUUCUCGUACUGGACAUUUGGAAAUUGGACACAGUGUUCUGCAACCUGCGGUCCUGGUUUCCAAACGAGAUCCUCCCAUUGUCUUCCUCCAGAGGAUGAAACUUUCUUCACUUGCGGAAACGCACCUUCGCCGCAAAGAAAGUCUUGCUUGGGCAACUAUAAUCGAUUUACUAAUCCUUUAUGCAGAGGAAGAAAGAAAAAAAUAUGUCACAACGAUGAAUCCGUGUAUUGUCCAUUCGGUUUGCUGCAUAAGUACUGUAAAAUUAGCGGAUUCAAAAGAAUGUGCUGCAAGUCCUGCGAAAGCGCAAUUUUCACUAAUGAUUUUGGU